AUGCAACCAGAGAGGCACAUUCAGAAUUUUGACUCUAAAUCUAGGGGAAAUUCUUUCACGUAUGAUGUUAAGCGAGAUGUGUACAAUGAGGAGACCUUUCAGCAAGAACACAGAAGGAAGUCCACUUCCUCUGGGAACGUGGACAUCGACAUCACCACCGUCAGACACCAUGUCCAGUGCCGCUGUUCGUGGCACAAGUUUAUAAAAUGCAUGCUGACGGUUUUUCCCUUCCUAGAGUGGGUGUGUUUCUAUCGAUUCAAGGACUGGCUUCUUGGAGACUUACUUGCUGGUAUAAGUGUCGGCCUUGUGCAAGUUCCCCAAGGACUGACAUUUAGUUUGCUGGCAAGGCAACUGAUUCCUCCUUUCAAUAUCUCGUAUGCAGCUUUCUGUUCUUCAGUAAUUUACGUGAUUUUUGGAUCAUGUCAUCAGAUGUCCAUUGGUCCUUUCUUCCUUGUGAGUGCUCUGAUGAUUGAUGUCCUGACAUUGUACCCAUUCAAUAGUGGCCACCUGAUAAUGGGAACUUUCAUCAAAGAUGACUUUUCUAACCCCUUCUUCUAUGCAGCCUAUAACAAAUCCUUGAGUGCAGUGGCAGCCACAACGUUUUUGACUGGAAUUAUUCAGCUAUCAAUGGGCGUGUUAGGUUUUGGCUUCAUUGCCACUUACCUUCCAGAGGCUGCAAUCAGUGCUUACCUGGCUGCCACAGCACUACACAUUAUAGUGUCCCAGCUGACUUGCAUCUUUGGGAUUAUGAUUAGUUUCCACGCUGGCCCUAUCUCCUUCUUCUAUAACAUAGUUAACUACUGUAUGUCUCUCCCAAAAGCUAAUUCUACCAGCAUCCUACUAUUCCUAACUGCUGUUGUCGCUCUGAGAACCAACAAAUGCAUCAGAAUUUCCUUCAAUCGGUACCCCAUUGAGUUUCCUAUGGAAGUUUUUCUGAUUCUUGGCUUCAGUGCAUUUGCAAACAAGAUACACAUGGAUACAGAAACCAGCAAGACGCUCAUUGAUAUGAUUCCUUAUAGCUUCCUGUUUCCUGAUACACCAGAUUUGAACUUUCUUUCGGACGUUGUUUUAGAAGCCUUCUCCUUAGCUUUUGUAAGCUCCUCAUUGCUCAUAUUUCUGGGCAAGAAGAUGGCCAGUUUCCAUAACUAUGAUGUCAAUUCCAACCAGGAUUUAAUAGCCAUCGGCCUUUGCAAUGUCGUCAGUUCAUUUUUCAAAUCUUGUGUGUUUACCGGUGCUGUUAUCAGGACUAUUAUCCAGGAUAAAUCUGGAGGAAGACAACAGUUUGCAUCUCUGGUAGGAGCAGGUGUGAUGCUGCUCCUGAUGGUGAAGGUGGGACACUUUUUCUACGAACUGCCAAAUGCUGUGCUGGCUGGUAUUAUUCUGAGCAAUGUUGUACCCUACCUUGAAACCAUUUACAAUCUACCCAGUCUGUGGAAGCAGAACCAAUAUGACUGUAUUAUUUGGAUAGUGACAUUCGCAUCUGCAAUUUUCCUGGGACUGGACAUCGGACUACUUGUUUCAAUAACUUUUGCUUUCUUCUUGAUCACUCUUCAGUCACACAGAACUAAGAUUCUCCUCCUGGGUCAGAUCCCUAACACCAACAUUUAUAGAAGCGUCCAUGACUAUCGGGAGAUUACAACCAUUCCUGGGGUGAAAAUCUUCCAGUGCUGCAACUCCAUUACGUUUGUAAAUAUUCACCACCUAAAGGACAAGCUGUUGAGAGAGGUUGAAAUGAUCAGGGUGCCUCUUAAAGAAGAAGAAAUUUUCGUCCUAUUUAAUGAAAGCGAAAACGGCUCACGGGAAGGAAAGAUUUGUCACUGUUUCUGCAACUGUGAUGAACUGGAGCCACCACCUAGGGUUAUUUACACAGAACGAUUUGAAAGUAAACAGGACCACAGCACAUCCUCCGUUAACCUGAUCCGCUGCUCACGUUUGGAGAGUGGGAGCACAAGCCAAAUUUCAUCUAAUGACCAAAUGCCAUACGCAGUAUCUUCCACAUUUCUGAGAAAUCAAGGGCAAACCUAUGAGCCUGUGGAGAAAGAAUGGCUUUCUAAUGAACCCUCGAGGUCAUUUCCUGAUGCUGCUCCAAGUCAGGUCAGAAGUAGAGCACUUGCGCCUUAUUCAGAAUCAUCUCUUCUACCCAGCACUCAUACCAUCAUCCUGGAUUUCUCCAUGGUACAUUUUGUGGAUUCUCAGGCUUUAGUCAUAUUAAGACAGAUGUGCAAUGCCUUCCAAAAUGCCAACAUUUUGGUGCUCAUUGCAGGGAGUCACUCUUCUGUGGUCAGGGCAUUUGAGAGGAAUGACUUCUUUGAUGCUGGUAUCACCAAGGCCCAGCUGUUCCUCACUCUCCAUGAUGCUGUGCUGUUUGCCUUGUCAAGGAAGUUUCCAGAGUCCUCCGAGUUGAGUGUGGAUGAAUCUGAGACAGUGAUACAGGAAACCUUCUCAGAAACAGACAAGGAUGCAGAGUCAAGACAUAAAAUAAGCAGCAGUAUUCUAGAUGCCCCCAAAAAUGUAAGUUCUGGCUUCACCAUGAUCCAAGAGCCAAUAACAGAGGAGGAGUCAGAGCUGGACAUGGAGCUGGAACCCACGCUGGAGUCAGAACAAGAAGCUAUGAGAGGUCUGGACCUAGACCUGUGUAGUGAACUGGAGCCUGAAUCAGAGCUAGAGCCCGAAUCUGAGCUGGAGCCUGAAACAGAGCUCGAGCCCGAGACAGAGCUGGAACUUGAGCCUGAGCCCGAGCCUGAGCCUGAACCCAAGCCCAAGUCCAAAUCCAGGCCAAGGGAUCAAACUUAUUCUUGGCAGCAGUACUGGCCUCUGUAUCAGCAGUCUAAGCCUUCCAGCUCUCUAAGUCAAACUCAGCCUAGGACACAGUCAGUAGAGAGGAGGCGUCAACAUAUGAAUUCAUAUUCACCUAAGGGCAGUGACACUGAGGAUCACUAG